AAAAAAAAAAANAAAAAAAAAAAUAAGAGACACAAGAAGCACAAAUUCUUUCACACGAUUAAUUAAUGUAUUUAUUUUUAAUAUAUGAUAUAAAAUAUGGCAAAUAUACCUCCAAAAAAACCAGUUAAUGAUUUAAUUAAAUUCUGGGCUGAAAAACAAGAAGAAAAAAAUAAAGAAAAAAAACCAGAACCAAUUUCAAAGUCACCACGAAGACCUUCUUCACCACUUCCACGAAAUGAUGGUAUUAACUCAAAAUCAGCAAUUAAAGAUGUACCACUCAAUUCAUCUCCUAUGUCAACAUCUGAUAAUGGUCUUUCUAUAGUUAAUAUACAAACAUUUUCAAAACCAAAUGAACAAGGUAGAAUGAAUUGGAGUUCUUUAUCACAAAGCAAUGAAGUUCCUUCAAGUUCUUCACCUUUCUUAGCUCUUAAAACAAUACCUCCUGUUCCUGCUAAAAAUAGUUAUAUAACGCGACCACGUGAUCAUAAUCCUAAUGCAAAAGACGCGUUUAGUAAGAGUGGUCCAUUACCUCCGGCUAGAAAAGUAACUGAUCUUGUAAAUAAAUUUGAAAAAGGUGCAUCUCCAAAAUUAGUUCCAAUGAACCAAAGUCAACAUUCUUCAACUUCUCCAUUAGCAUUGUCUCCAAUAAAGCGUCAACCUAGUCCGGAACCUCUAUCAUUAUCUACUCCAACGUCUCAUACUAAAAAUUCAGAUAUCACAUCGAAACAAAUCACUGAUGAACCAACCUCGCUGUCUUCAAUUCAACAAGAAUCGUUUCAAACAAAAAUUCCAAAACAGAAUUCAAAUCCUUUCAUAAUACCUUCAAUUAAACAACCUGAUCCGGAACCCUUACAACAGAUGAAACCUAUAUCACCAGUCCUGUCAAAAAUUGUACAAACUCCUCAGAUUGAUCAAAAAAAUCCACCAGAAUAUGUUCCAAGACAAUCAAACGAACAUGGAUAUCUCUUACCCGAAAUUACACCAAUUUCUCCUUUUUGGAAACCAACUACUGAAAGUACACCAAUAUCACCACUUUGGAAUCCAAAAAAUGUAAACACUCCAGUUUCACCUCUUUGGAAACCAGCGACUUUAAAAAAUUCUAAUACUUCUCAAACUAAACAAUUAAAUACUAAUAAAACAUUCAAAAGUCGAAAAGUUUUAUCUGAAACAUCAUCAAAUUCACGUAAUAAUUCUAAUCCGUUUGCAUCUUCGAGUAAUCACGAAAUUCCUGAUUUAUUACCUCAUCCUGAACCAAUUUCGCCUAUUCGACUCUCUUUCUCGGAUUUCCUAAGAUCACCAAAUAGUUCUACAGCAAAUUUGAAUUCGAAUCCGUCUCAGUCACAUUUAGAGAAUCAUCUAAUGGAUAAGAAAGAUACGGAUCAGUUUGAUAUGUAUAAAGUUGUAGUUGGACCAAAAUUCGGAGAUAAUAAAAGACAAUCAUUACCAUCCGCAAAAGAUACGAAUGCUUAUAUAUUGGAGAUGCAUGAAACUAACAUACGACAAUCUCGUUCCGCUCCAAAGAAAGAUGAAAAAUCUUCCACAACUAAACCUAUAUUUGCAAAUCCUAUUGUUGGAACAAUUCAACUUGUUGAAAAUCUACGACGUUAUUUACAACCAAAUAAAUAUACGGAUUCAAAUGGUAUUAGUGAGCCGGUACAAGAAUCUACAUCUCAAAAUAUAAAUAGCAAAGGAGAAAAAUAUGCUAUGACAAUCUCAUUAAAAGAAUCUGGAACUUUUCAAACUUAUAAUUCACAGAGUAGCACAAAGUUCUGGAAGCGUCCAAACUUUAAACCUGUUAAAAUACCGAAAUCUCCAUAUAGCACUACACGACCUGAACGAAAUACACUUUCUCCUGAUAAUACUCUUAAAAAGAAUCCCUUCUUAAUUAAAAAGAAAUCGCUCAAGAAUACAAAACAUGAUCUUCCUGAAUACAGCACUUCAAAAUCAAAAAUGUCUAUGCUCGUACCUCAUAAUCUUUCUUCAGUAGAAUAUGGAAAAACUAAUCGUUCUUUACCAGAUUUAUCAGUAAGAUAUCGUCAUCAUAAUUUUAAUGAUGUAUUCCACAAAAAUAAUAUGACGGUACCUGAUUUCACGCGAAUCGAUUCAAUAUACGAAGAUGAGCCAAAAAAGCCAGAUUUUGCCAUGGCCAUAAUGACGGAUGCAGAAUCGGACCCUGGUGCUCCAUGGAUUCAUUUACCUCAUCUUGAUGAAUUUAUUAAAUCUCUUCCUCCAACUGAAUUCUCUGAACCGAAGGAUUUGAUGACAACUAAAGAAUAUGAGAAAUUUAUUGGAUAUGGAAAACCUGAUGAUAAAUCUAGAGAAGCCAUGUUUUCCCCAAUGAAUCAAAUUCCUGAAGGAAUUUGUUUAGAGGAUUUAAAGCAUAAUAUUUUAAAAAAAGAUGGUUUUUUGAAUCAAGAACAAAAAAAUAAUCUUUUUGAUGCUGCAAUUGAUGGUAUCUUAGCUGGCCAAUCAUCCACGGUUGGAAUGAACAUGACGAAGCUUGAAAUUAUAAGAGACUUUAUACAAAUAUUGGCUUUGGCCUUAUCAUUUGUAGCUUCAAACAUAUUUGGAGAUUGGAUAAAAACAAUAUUAGUUACAAUACCGAACUUACUGAGUUUGAAUCUGGAUCGCAUAUUUGGAAAUGGAACUGCUUUUUUCCUCGCCUUCUGUACCAUUGUAUUCAUAGGUUUAUAUUGGUUCAGAAUAAUGACCAAAUACGACCCAAAUGCUGAUAUUGAGGGUCUCGAAUCACAUCCUUGGAAUCUUCGUCCUGAAUCAAAACGAAAGCAUAAUAUCAUUAUAGUAUUUAUUCUUACUACGCUUUACCUUCCUCUAUCCAAAUUGUCUCUUAACGCGCUUGUAUGGUCAGAUUCAUUUUGGCCUGUUACCAAUCCUUACAAUAAUACAGACUUUCCAAUUUUUGAAAAAAGUGGUUCGGAUACGAUGCGCGAUCCGAGUGAUUUCUGUUAUGUCACCAGUAUGAAUAAAGAAGACUUAAACUUUUCUCCAGUGAUAAUUGCAGUUGCUUUAAUAACAAUUUGCGUAUUGACAUUCUGGUUCCCCAUUGCAUUGAAACGCUUGGUUGAUAAAAAUUUGCCAAGAGUAGAUAAAUAUAAUGAGAUGGGUGAAACUAGGCACAAUCGCGAUGAAGAAUACAAAAGAUUAUUGGGAAAAGACACUUGUCCUUAUAAUUUCUUGUAUAAUGCAUAUAAUGAAAAAUGGGCAGCUUAUAAAACAUUCGUUAUGGCUAAUAAGUUCUUCUUAAUCUUUCUUGUGUGUGUAAUCUCCAAAGAUAACUGUCUCUUUAGAUCCUUUUCAAGAUCACGCAUUGAAACUAUAAAUUAUGGUCUUCAAGUUACAUUUAUGGUCAUUUUGUUUGUACUUCAUUGGAGAAAUGAACCCUUCCUUUAUAAGAGUCAGAAUUUAAGUGAAUAUUGGUCAAGAGCUGGUUAUGUCAUCACAACCGUAUUGGGAUUGUUGACCGUUCUUAAAGUGGGACCGGAACGAAAGAUAACCAUCGCGGUGAUCGCUAUAAACGUCUUUAUAUUGCUUAUUGUUUUCUGGCAUAUAGUAAUUCACACAGAUCGUUACAAGAGUUUUGUUAAAGUUAUGAAAAAACGAUUAGAUUUUUCCUUGAACAUUUAUUCUCCAAGAUUAGAUUUUGCCAAACACAUCAAACGAAGAGUAUGGCAAGAAACGUGGACCACAUUAUUACUUACAUCUGAACAAUUUAAAAUGCACGAGAAUAAAACGGUAGCAUUUUCUCAGAGUCCAUUUAGACCUCCAUACCUUUUAAAUUUUUCUGGAACGGCUGCUGAGAGACAUGUAGAAAACUUGAAAAUUAUUAGACAGAUUGGAAUUAAGAAUUAUACUUCAGCAAUGGCACCUUUAUCAACGUCUCUUAUCAAAUUAAGAUCUAUUAUAGUUGAUAAUUUUGUUGGACCUGAUAUGUAUUAUGCACCGGAAUUUUUUACACAUAAAAUUAUUAAGACUUGUUUUGGAAAAGCUUAUGUGGUGCCAUUUCCAUUUUCUGUUGUAAUGGUUUAUGAUGAAGAUGAAACGGUUUUAGUUCUAGCAGAAGAAUGGGAAAUUGAAAGAUAUGUUCAACAAAAUGAGAAUAAAGAAAUUCAAAGGAGACGUCAUGUUCGUCAAACGUUAAGAGCUUUAGAAGGAAAAGUAAUUAUUGGACCAUCACGUGAAAAAAAUGAUACAGAAAUUCAAUAUUAUCGUGGAAUAUUAUCAAUACAAAGACAUAAGAGAUCAAAAUGGAGUAAUAAUUACAAUAUGAAUCCAGGAUUUAAAAUUACAGUAUCAUAUGUUGAUAUACAAUCACCUAACGAACGUGUUGUUGGUCAUGAUGUACUUGGAAUUACUGAAGAUUUUCAAAUGACAUCACAAUUGAAGAAACUUUUUUCAGAUAAUAAAGAGACAGUUCAUAUAGGAUUAGCGGAAAUUCAAAAAUUGAUGGAAGAAUAUCGACAAUAUUACCGAGAUGAAACAAAAUGGAAGGAAGAAACACUUUCAUAUGGAUUUUUCAUUAAUGUAUAUGAUAAUCCAUCAAUACCAUUAGAAUCACUUCCAGCAUUAUUAAUUACAACCGAAGAAAAUCAACUUAUUCAAUCAUUACCUGAAAGUGAAUAUCCUAGUUUAAUAUAUCUUUAUGAAAGGAUGAGAGUUGUAAAUUUAUCAAGAGUUCAUCAAUGGUGGUAUCUAUUUUGGGAAGAUUUAUGGAGAAAAAAUCAUAAUGAAAUGCCAGAUUUAAUAAAAAAUCCGGAAAAGUUUUCACCAGCAUAUCGUACAAGUUUAUGUUAUUACCCAAUGACGAGAAUAGAAUUGGAAGAAUUUUUAGGGAAAUGUGGAAGUUGGCAAGAUGGAGGCAAAAAAGGAUUUUUACAUUCAGGUACUUUAAAUAGGAUAUAUUUAUAUUUAACCAAUGUAGUAUUUGGAGGAAGAAAAAAAGUUACAAGUAAAAAAUGGAAUAUAACAAGAGGGGAUACUAUUGAAAAAGAAUCAAUAAUACAAGGUCGUAACAAAAGAACAAUGAAAGAAAGGAUGAUGAUUAUGAAAGACAUUAUGUUGAAGAGAAAAAAUUUUCAAAGAGCAAGACCUUUCUUUAUUUUACGCGAAGAAGAAGAUUCUGAUUCAGAAAAUGGUGAUAAUAGUGAUGGAUUUAAUUCUGCCAGCGAAGAAGAAACUUGGCUGUAAAAAAAAAAAAUUAUUUAAUUAUAUAAUUAAUUUGGGUUGGGAUCUUGUAUAAUUAAUUAAUUGGGUAAAUGGGAAAUAAUAAUUUAAUUAUUUUUAGAAAAAAAAAAAGAAUUUUUUUUCUUAUAUAUAUAUGUUUUAUAUACACGUUCAGUUUUUAAGAAUAGAAUUAAUAAAAA